CUGACUGUUUUAGUCGCUAGUGUUCGGUGCUUUCAUCUACUCGUUGGCCGACCUUUUCAACGAUGAAUAACCCAAUGAUUUUGUUCGUUGUGACGAUUUUAACAGCAACAGCGUCCGUUCACGGCACACUCACAGCAGCAGAUCAACCAACUUUUAAUCCGACUGUGGCAAUCUCCAAUUUCAAUCAAUUUAAAACCAAUUUAGACAAGGCCCAAGAGUUCUUAAUCAGCAUUUACAAAGGAGCUUUUGGAGGCAUUUCGGCUUUUUGGUUGGCCUAUUCCGUCUGGAUAGUCUUGUCGGUUUUCUACUACUCUUUCGGUGUCAGUUAUCUGAACGCCAGAGACGAAGCUGCAGCCGAACAAAAAGAAAACGAAAUCCAAAGAGCUUUUCAGGUAUCGCAAAUUGACGUCAACUCCAUCUUUCAAAAAUUGAGAAGCAUUCACGACAAGGCCACUAGCAAGGUGGGCGACAGUUGCUAUCGACGUGGCCUCUGCGAAAUGCGUAGCUAUUUCGCCAAUACCAAGUUCUUCAAGGGGAUUCCUAAAUGGAUUCGGAAGAUGUUGCGUUUAGAGCCACAGAGUCGUGAAGCAGGCACCUGCAGCCAAAUCCAUUACGAGUGCACUAUGACUAAACUGCUGGCCAGCCUCAUUCAAUGAUCACGUCUGAUGUACGACUAUGUAUUUUUUGAGCUUGUUCCCUUUUUUCCAAAAUAAUUUAUUAUUCCAUUUUUGAAUCUACAUAUUUAUCAUCCCUUCUGUACAAAAGAGCGAAGAGGUCUCCUUUAUAUUCAUGUGAUUAGCUCUCAAUAAUACACUCCGUCCUUGGCGCGUU